UUUUGCUUCGUUUACCUCGGUCUCCUUCGGUUUGGCCCGCGAGAUCUGAAGCAGCCUCCCAAGUCCCAAACAUCGUUACACAAGCCCCUUCUUCACCAAUUCGACGUAUUUUCUAUCCUCUCUCCUUUUAGAUCUCUCGAUCCAAACCCGAUCGGUCAAAGAGAUUUCUUCCUAUUAUCAAACCCUAAACCUAGAACAAAAAUUCCGUUGCUGUUCGGCAUUCAUGGCGCUGAAUCUACGGCAGAAACAAACAAGUUGCAUCAUUCGAAUGCUGAAUCUGAACCAUCAGCCGAACGCCGGCGGCGCCACAACUGGCGCCGGUUCCUCCACGGAGGAGGUCUACAAGAUCCUCGUCCUCGAUCGCUUCUGCCGCGAUAUCCUUUCCCCGCUGAUCCACGUCAAGGACCUCCGAAAGCACGGGAUCACUCUCUACUUCGUCAUAGAUAAGGAGCGGCAGACCGUGCCCGACGUCCCGGCGAUCUACUUCGUCCAACCUACGACGGUCAACAUUGGUCGGAUUGUGGCAGACACCGCCCGCGGGCUUUACGAGAGUUUCCACCUCAACUUCUCCUCUUCCCUUCCUCGACCCCUUCUCGAGGAGCUCGCCGCUGGGGCUCUCAAGGCCGACGCCGUUGGCCGGAUCUCGAAGGUCUACGAUCAGUACCUGGAAUUUGUGACUCUAGAGGAAAACCUCUUCUCCUUGGCGCAGCGCGAUAUAUAUGUCCAACUUAACGAUCCCUCGGCCGGAGACCAGGAGAUCGAGGGUAUCUUGGAGAAGAUAGCUGGUGGGUUGUUCUGUGUUCUUGUCACGUUAGGGGUUGUGCCCGUUAUCCGGUGCGCAAGUGGUGGCCCCGCCCAGAUGGUUGCCGCCGCUCUUGACACGCGCCUGCGCGAACACUUAGUUAAGAAGAACAAUCUUUUCUCUGAAAGCGGAACUCUAGUGAGCUCCUUCCAGCGACCUAUACUCUGUUUAUUUGAUCGAAAUUUUGAGUUGGCGGUUGGGUUGCAGCAUGACUGGAGCUACCGGUCGCUAGUGCAUGAUGUCUUUGAUAUGAAGCUCAAUAGGGUCAGUGUGCAGGGGGACAAAUCUCCUGUCAAAUCGUACGAGUUGGAUGAUUCAGAUCCAUUCUGGGUUUCUAACUGUUGGUCUCCUUUUGAGAAGAUUGCACUGGAAAUUGAUGCUCAGCUUAACAAAUAUAAGCAGGAUGUGGAGGAGGUGAACCGACGUACAGGUGGGCAGAAGGGGGCUGAAUUUGAUGGCACUGAUCUGAUUGGAAACACGAAGCACCUGAUGAAUGCUGUCAAUUCACUCCCGGAGCUUACUGAGAGGAAGAAAUUGAUUGACAAGCACACAAACCUAGCUACAGUGCUGUUGGGUGAGAUCAAGAAUAGGGCUUUGGAUUCUUUUUGCAAUUUAGAAAGUGAGAUGUCAAGUAAGGGCAGUGUGGAUAAAAAUCAACUUAUUAGUCAACUUAAAGAUAAAGGAACAAAGGAGGAUAAGCUUCGGCUUGCCAUAACUUACCUCCUCUCUGUGGAGACAACCCCACAAUCAGAACUUGAAUCAAUAGAAGCGGCUUUGAGGGAGUCGGAUGUAGAUACAUGCGCAUUUCAGUAUGUGAAGAAGAUAAAAUCUUUGAAUUUGUCAUUGAAUUCAUCUGUGGCCUCUGCCAGCAAGAGCAACAUUGUAGAUUGGGCUGAGAAGCUCUAUGGACAGUCGCUGAGUGCUGUGACUGCAGGUAUGAAGAAUCUGCUGUCAGGAGCGAGGCAACUUGCCCUUACAAGAAUAGUUGAAGCACUAAUGGAGGGAAAACCAAAUCCUGAAGUGGAUUCUUACCUAUUAUAUGACCCGCGUGCACCAAAGUCCGGAACUGGAGCUCAAUUGAAGGGUCCAUUUAAAGAAGGAAUUGUUUUUAUGAUAGGUGGAGGUAAUUAUAUAGAGUACAGGAGCUUGAUGGAGCUAGCACAGCGUUCACAGCCCACGAAGCAUAUCAUGUAUGGUACUACUGAGAUUCUCAAUGGUGUCGAUUUUGUACGGCAGCUUCAAGUUUUGGGUCAAAAGAUGGGAUUAGGAAGUAGUAGUAUUAAUCCAUCCCAAUGAGCUCUAUGAAUUCACAUUUUUUUCUCCCUUCCUGUUUUACGAGUGGUGGAUAAAAGCUCAGAAAAUAUUGACAAAUAUAAAGUUGACUUCCUGGCCAAGCUAAAAGACUUGAAGUCUUGAAGGUGGCGUUGGAACCUUUUGGUCAAUAUAGAUUUCAGUGAGCUGUUUAUGCCUUGUACUUGUUUUUAACCUGUUUAAUUGAAAUAUAAUUCUCACAUGGUUAUCCUCUCACACUUUGUGCCUGCUUUUUUCAAGUAAUUUGGAAUAAGUGAUUUGCUA